AUGGCGGCAGUCGCGAAGAAGCAAGGCAAAACGCCAAAGGAGUUCGCCCAGGAUUUCCUCAUGGGCGGUGUAUCUGCUGCAGUAGCAAAGACGGCGGCCGCGCCCAUUGAGCGUAUCAAACUGCUCGUGCAGAACCAGGGUGAAAUGCUCAAGUCGGGCCGUCUCUCGACGCCGUACAAAGGCAUCGUCGACUGCGCCACGCGUACCUACGCCGACGAGGGUCUCGUAGCCUUCUGGCGAGGCAACACCGCCAACGUCAUCCGUUAUUUCCCCACGCAGGCACUCAACUUUGCCUUCAAGGACUACUUCAAAUCGCUCUUCAACUUCAAGAAGGACAAGGACGGAUACGGCUGGUGGAUGUUCGGCAAUCUCGCUGCCGGUGGUGGUGCUGGUGCCACCUCGCUCCUCUUCGUCUACUCUCUCGACUACGCCCGUACCCGUCUGGCCAACGACGCAAAGUCGAUCAAGAAGGGCGCCUCUUCUGAACGUCAAUUCAACGGUCUCAUCGAUGUCUACAAGAAGACGCUCGCUACCGACGGUAUCGCCGGUCUCUACCGUGGUUUCGUGCCCUCUGUCGUCGGUAUCGUCGUCUACCGUGGUCUCUACUUCGGCAUGUACGAUUCCCUGAAGCCCGUCGUCCUCACCGGCAACCUGAAGGGUAGCUUCCUUGCCAGCUUCUUGCUCGGCUGGGGUGUCACCACCGGUGCCGGUAUUGCCAGUUAUCCUCUAGACACGAUCCGAAGACGUAUGAUGAUGACAUCCGGCGAGAAGGUACACUACAAGAACAUGAUCGACUGUGGUGCUCAGAUCAUCAAGAACGAGGGUGUCGCCUUCCUCUUCAAGGGUGCAGGUACGCCUCCGGCGCAAACAUCCUGCGUGGUGUUGCCGGUGCGGGUGUGCUCUCGAUGUACGACAAGCUGCAGGAGAUCCUCUUCGGCCGCGCUUUCUCCGCUGGCUCGGGCUAGACAUCUCGCGCAUAUCUCACAUCGUUUGCGCCCAUACCUGGUCAACGAACGAAAUGGUCGGCUUGGCUUUCUCAUUGCAAAGACUUUCAUUCUCGCUGCUGGCAUGUGUCCCGCGACAAUUUCAUUUCUUGCCAUGGAUGAACUACCGAACUUUCCCGAUGUCAACCGGAUCCUAUUCGUCAAGAACCUGUCCUUCAAGAUCCGGGGCGAAGAUCUCUACGAGCUCUUUGGCAAGUACGGUGCAAUCAGGCAGAUCAGAUUAGGCAGUGCACAGAAGACCAGAGGGACUGCCUAUGUCGUCAUGGAGGAUAUCUACGAUGCCAAGGCAGCUUAUGAGAAUCUCAAUGGCUUCCACCUGCAAGAGCGGUAUCUCGUCGUGCUUUACCAUCAGCCGGCCAAGCAAGCAGCCAAAGAUCUGGCAAAGCGAGAAGCAGAGCUAGCUGAUGUCAAGAAGAAGCACAACAUCAACGAUGACUGA